AUGCUUUCCAAAAAUCAUCGGAGACUUCGCACCGUUAUACUGCUACGGCACAGUCAAGAUCCACAAACAGGGAAACCCAUGUAUAAAGUGGCAAAGAAAUUGAACGAAAUUAAAACGCCAUACAUUCCUCCAACGUUCUCGCUAAAAUCAUCGACGGAAUUCAUCGAUCUACUGCAUGGCACCACACCCGACGAAGACAUAGUAUCUCUGGACGUCGAAAGUUCAUUUACUAGCGUACCAGUGGAUGAAAUAAUACAAAUCAUGAUGGACAAGAUAUACCGCUCUGAGAAACCACCAUUACCGAUACCCGAAAAGAUUCUAAAAGAGAUGCUAGAACCAUGUGCAAAGGAAGUCCCACUCUUCUCACAUAAGGGCAAAAUAUAUCGGCAAAAGGACGGCGUAGUAAUUAGUUCCCACCUUGGGGUUCUUUUUGUAAACGCAUACAUGGCACACACAGAAGAGGUCACCUUUGAAGAACACCCAAAAUCCAAAAUCUACGGGAGAUAUAUUGAUGAUAUCUUCAUCACAUUAAAGGGCAAAAAUGACAGAUGA